CUAACAGAGACCCUGUGGUACAAAUCCUGGGCUCGGAUUAUGAUGCAGUGAACGACAACUCCACAUCCUUAAAUGUUCUUGGUAAAAUUGCUGAUGAUAGUGAAUGUGGCAUUAAAAUGAAAGUCGCCAUACUGCUCAAACAGUUAGAUCUGCACCUACUCAAUCAUUCCCUAAAACAGAUUUCACUAGAAAUAUGUUUAAAUCCAGGAACUAUCAAGAAAGAUGUAGAGCUGCUCAAACGGUUCUCAGGAAAAGGAGAACAAACAGUACUGGAGUCUAUAGAAUAUACAUCAGAUUAUGAGUUUUCAAAUGGAUGUCGAGCCCCACCUUGGAGACAAAUUCGAGGAGAGAUGUGUUAUGUAUUCGUGAAGCCACAUGACGUUGAAACUCUGUGCAUCACUUGCAGCACAGAAGGAGUAUUUUUAAAUGGUGGUAAAACAGAGGAGGAGGGAGAAAUUGAUUAUGAGAGAAAGGGUGAGAUUUAUAAAGACCUUGUGACAUUUUUAAAAGAAAAAUCAGCAGUGUUUUCAGAAAAUAUGUCUAAACAGGAAAGUAGAUUAAUUAAAGAACAACAGAAAGAUCAAACUGAUGGUGCACCUGAGAAGGAAGGAGCUGCCCCCACUAAAGCUGUAACUGGGUCAAAUAACACUAAAGUGGAGAAGAACCAAAUUAAUUUUGAAAAGAAUCAAAUGACCAAGAGGUUGCAGCCAAGCUUGAACUGGAGGGCUAAAGUUGACUUCAAAGAGCAUAGAGGCUCCUUAAAAGACAGUCAAGAGGAAAAACAUGGAAAGGCCAGGUCAUCCAUUUCACAUGGAAAAACACAGUUACUCCGUAAGAGUGUUGAUAAAACUGAGGAAAUUAUUAGCGAAAGCUCCUCAGAGAGUGAGGAAGAUGAAGAACCACCUGAUCAUCGUCAGGAAGCAAAUGCAGAUUUGCCCUCAGAAUACUGGCAAAUUCAGAAGCUGGUGAAAUAUUUAAAGGGUGGAAACCAGACUGCGACAGUGAUUGCCUUGUGUUCAAUGAGGGAUUUCAACUUGGCUCAAGAGACCUGUCAGCUGGCUAUCAGAGAUGUUGGAGGCCUGGAAAUUUUAAUAAAUUUACUUGAUACAGAUGAGGUCAAAUGUAAGAUUGGUUCAUUAAAAAUCCUGAAGGAAAUUAGUCAUAAUCCUCAAAUCAGACGUAAUAUUGUUGACCUUGGGGGCUUACCAAUUAUGGUUAAUAUCCUCGAUUCUCCACACAAGAGUCUGAAGUGUUUGGCAGCUGAAACCAUUGCAAAUGUUGCCAAGUUCAAGAGAGCCCGGCGGGUGGUGAGACAACAUGGGGGCAUUACCAAACUG